AUGAUUGAUUCAAGUAUCAAUCAUCUCUAUAUUCCAGCUGCCGCGAUUCUCGUGGCAGUUGCAGGAUGGUUUUACACAGUCUUGAGCAGUCCAAUGGCCAAGCUGCCCGGUGACUGGAUAACCAACUUUACCGAUGUACCCUACAGAUGGAAUGUAGUAAAGGGUCGGAGACCUAAAUGGGUCCAAGGUCUACAUGAGAAGUACGGCCCCGUCGUUCGCAUCAGUCCAACCGAGGCCAGCUUCCAGGACGUCGCCACGACGCGGGAAAUGUACCGAGUCAAGGGCGAAUACCUCAAGGCCGAGUUUUACGACAAGCUGGCCAACGGCCAGGUCAGCGUCUUUUCCACCCGCGACACGGGAAUUCACAAGCGCCAGCGGCGGCUCCUGUCCUCGGAAAUGUCCGAAUCCAGUCUGCAGAAACACUUGCCCGUCGUCGAGACCAAGGUGCGACUGGCUAUCCAGCGUAUGCAGGAGGAGAUGCAGCAGCGCAAUGCCACUGCAAGUAGCCUCGAUGUGUUUCACUGGUUUCUUUCCAUGGCUACCGAUGUCAUUGGCGAGCUGAGUUUUGGGCGGUCAUUCGACAUGCUGGAGACUGGAGGGAAGAGCGAAUACAUCAAGAAUUUACAAGACGUUGCCAGAAUUGGUGGCAUCAUCUCGACAUUCCCGGUUCUGGUCAAACUGGCUCGGUUUGUCCGCGUUCCCUUUAUCAGCGAGGCCACGACAAAGCGCCGCAGAAUCACUGGAUACGCUGAUGAGUCAAUCUUGCGGCACCAGCGCAUUGUUGAAGAGCAAGGCGACGAUGCAAAACCGACACUGCUCUCAAAGCUUUACAACUUGGCGGGCACCGAUAAGUUGACAUUUCUCGAGGUUCGCGACAAUGCAUCGGCAUACAUAAUCGCUGGUUCAGACACCACUGCCAACACUCUGACUUACCUCGUCUGGUUGGUAUGUCGACACCCCGAUAUCAAAGCCCGUCUCCUCGCAGAACUAGCAACGCUCCCCGACGGCUUCGCCUAUGACGACGUCAAGACCCUCCCGUACAUGAACCAGGUCAUUGAGGAGUCGCUGCGCCUGUACCCGGCGGCGCCGUCGGGGCUCCCGAGAGUCGUGCCCGCGGGCGGCGCCCAGCUCUCUGGUCAUUACCUGCCCCCCGGCGCCAUUGUCUCGGCGCAGGCUUGGAGCAUGCACCGACAUCCCGACAUCUUUCCCGAGCCGCACAGGUUUGACCCGUCGCGCUGGGAGGACUCGACCAAGGACAUGAGAGAUGCCUUUUUGGCUUUUGGUGGCGGCAGUCGAGUGUGUCUGGGAUUGCACCUCGCUCGCAUGGAGCUCAGGCUGGCGACUGCUCGCUUUUUUACAACGUUUCCCAACGCUCAGGUCUCGUCACUCGAAGGUUUCAGCGACGACGAGAUGAAUCCGAACAUGUUUUUCUUGUUAACGCCGAACAAGCAUAGAUGUCUAAUUGAGGCAUGCUGA